AGCUGGGAUUCUGAGGACCAGUGGCGGUGUAAGACAAAGGACGUUGUAGGGACACUGACCACCGGAUCGCAACAUUUUUCUCUUGUCAAACAUCUCAUAGCCCAUCUUUUCUCCCUCCCUCUCUCUCCCUCUCUACGCCAGUCGUGCGUCACAGCUGACAUGACGACCGAGACCCCUCAGCAGCAACUGGACCCUCCGCCUCCUCUGAGAUCCAGUCCGGCGUCCGGCGUCCUGCACCCCGCCAUGCUGAGUCCACAAGCCGCCACAGAAACCUCGUCCACCACGGUUAAGGGAAAGAAGACGAGCUCCGGUUUAAGGCGGCCGGAAAAGCCACCGUAUUCCUAUAUCGCUCUCAUCGUUAUGGCAAUACAGAGCUCUCCGACCAAACGACUGACGCUCAGUGAAAUCUACCAAUUCCUCCAGGCGCGCUUCCCCUUCUUUAGGGGCUCCUACCAGGGCUGGAAGAACUCAGUGCGGCAUAACCUUUCGCUUAAUGAAUGCUUCAUUAAGCUGCCCAAAGGGCUGGGCAGGCCGGGGAAAGGCCACUACUGGACCAUUGAUCCGGCCAGUGAGUUCAUGUUCGAGGAAGGCUCCUUUCGUCGCAGACCCAGGGGGUUUAGAAGAAAAUGCCAAGCAUUGAAGCCCAUGUAUCGGAUGAUGAACGGCAUAGGGUUCGGCACCUCCAUUCUACCGCAGAGUUUCGACUUCCAAGCACCAUCUGCAACACUCGCGUGUCACAGCAAUGGCUACAACUUGGACAUGAUGAGUAAUUCAAUGGCCGGGGGUUACGACAGUUUGAGCGGUGGCCACCACGUACCCCACAUGUCACCGAGCCCCGGGUCCACAUAUAUGGCGAGCUGCCCCGUACCGCCAAAUGGGGAAUAUGGACCGGACAGCAGCAGCAGUCCCGUACCGUCCUCUCCAGCCAUGGCUAGCGCUCUGGACGGCCACUCCCCAUACGCCAGUACAUCCGCACACUGGGCGUCCUCCGGCGGGUCCCCCUACAUCAAACAGCAGCCUCUAGCUUCCAGCAGCCCCGCAUCCUCUGGUUUGCACUCUGGCAUGUCGCCUUACUCCCUGGAGCAGAGCUACCUUCACCAGAACGGCAGGGACACCCACAGUAACGACAUAUCAGUGGGAAUUCCACGUUAUCAGAGCCAUUCCUCUGUCUGCGACAGAAAAGAUUUUGUGUUGAACUUUAACGGCAUCUCCUCCUUCCACCCCUCGGCUGGUGGAUCCUACUAUCACCAUCACCACCAUCACCACCACCAGAGCGUAUGCCAGGACAUCAAGCCCUGCGUGAUGUGAGCUCUCCUCCCUCGGCGCAUUUGAAUGUGGACACUGAGAGAAAACAUGAAGUCGACGGUAACAAUGUAACUGUAUGUCCGUCUGUGUGUUGAUGACAACAAACAAUCGGACAGUUUUUGGAAGAUUCAUACCAGGAUGUAAUAUGGUAUUUGUUUUCACACUUUUGCCUCCCACAGCCAAAGUAGCCUUUUGGUUGGACUGAGAAACUAUGCAUUGAAGGAAAUGAAUGAAGAAACCCCAGAGGCCUGCAAAAACCACUUUGCCUAAAUGUUCCCUGACAAGCGUUUUCUUCUUCAAAAGAAGUUUCAAAAACACGACUUUAAUGUGUUUGCUCUUAUAACACGUGCAAACAAAUAUAUUCUAUAUAACUAUGUUCUAUCCUAUUAGAGUAACUACACACACGAUGCUUUAGGCUAACAUGAUCUGCAACAACUUUGCACUUAUUGUAUAACCCUUUGACAUUUGCCCAAUUUUGUCUUGUAAAAGGUUUUCAA